UUGAGCUUGUGUCGUCAGAUCUCGGGCCACAUUCGUUCUUGAAAUUACAUCCUACUCUUCUCUACUUCAUUUCGUAAUUCUCUCUUGCUCCUUGCCGACAUCUCCGGGCUUCUCAUAUCCCGUCAAAUUCAGGUACAGACCAAAUAUGGCAACAGACACGAUGAAGGCAGUAGUGUUCAAGGGCCCUGGGAAAGUGAUCAUCGAGGAUCGACUGAUACCGAAGAUCAAAGAGCCAAGAGACAUUAUUGUGAAAGUCGACAAGACAGCACUAUGCGGGAGCGAGCUACACGUCUUCCGUGGCCACCAGCCAUCCGGCACCGACUUCAUCAUGGGCCACGAAUUCACAGGCCACGUGCACCAAGUAGGCUCAGCUGUGAAAAGCCUCCGAGUAGGCGAUCGAGUCGUCUCUCCCUUUACGACGUCCUGCGGUGAAUGCUUCUACUGCACGCACGGCUACUCUUCUCGCUGCGUCGAGAGCCAGCUAUUUGGCUGUACAGCGCUGGACGGUGCGCAGGCAGAAUACGUGCGUGUACCGCUUGCGGAUUCGACGGCCGUCAAGGCACCGUCUGGAAUCAAAGACGAGGCAUUGGUCUUGAUGGCGGAUAUUUUCCCUACAGGGUUUUUUGCAGUCAAGAAUGCUUUCAAGGAGGCUACGGCUGAGGAGAUUAGGGGCAGUGUGGUUGUGCUGGUUGGGUGUGGGCCGGUUGCGCUUUGUGCGCUUUGCAAUAUCACUGACUACAAGCCGAAACAUAUACUCGCUGUUGACUCGGUGCCUUCGCGUCUUGAGCUCGCGAGGUCGCUUGGCGCUGAACCGUGGAACUUCCAGACUGACCGCGAGGGGCUGGACAAGCGCGUCAAAGAGCUCACAGAUGGCCGUGGCGCCGACGUCGUGAUAGAAGUAGUGGGCUUGGCACCAGCUCUCAGGAUGGGCUUCGAGCUGCUGAGACCAUGGGGCGUCAUCAGUUCUGUGGGCGUGCACAACGGCGAGAUACCGUGGACAGGCACCGAGGCGUAUGGCAAGAACAUCAGGGUGCAGAUGGGCAGGUGUCCAGUCAGGAGUGUCUUUGAAGAGGCGUUGGAGGGCUUGAAGAGGCAUCAGGACAAGCUUGGGUUCAUGGCCGACAAGAUGAUGCCAUUGAGUGAAGCAGUCGAAGGCUACGACAUAUUCGAUAAGAUGAAGGUGCAGAAGGUAGUUUUCGAGGCGCAAAAGUAGUGUUUGAGGGUACACGUCAGGUCAGGAGCGUCGAGUCAACCUUGAUUGAAUUGAAGUGCAGGUGCAGUUGCAGGGCGUCAACUAGAGGUGUCAAUUAGAGAGGCUGGGCCAAUGAGAAGCCUGACCAGAGCCAAUAUCACCGGAUACAUCUGUCGUUGGCUCGCAGUGUGAAUGUUCCUGGUCCUGGUCCUGGUCCUGGCUGCAGCGUCGUGGAGACGGAUGGCCGUUGGCUAUGGUCUGUGCGCUACGAGACCCCGCAGUGGUGCUUCGCGGAUGGGGCGCUCGCUGAAGCUUGACGACCAGCCGGCUUUCACACAAACACACACAUAUACGCGCCAUGGCAGCGCCUACAAUGCAC